UGCGCGCCACACACACUGCGUACACACACAUGGAAAGAUAGAAAAGUGAGUUACCGCCGGCUCAGUGUGUUUAUUAUCUGAUUGCAAAAAGUAUCGUAAAACAGAAGCAGUUACUGUUGCAGAGUAGAUCGAAGCCCACAAAGGUUCAGGACAAGGAACUUGUUUUAGAGUUUGUUUCAUUAUCCCAUCGAAGAUAAAGAAUUAUGGCUGGACUAAGGAAACUGAAGCCUUUGUUUGAUCGCAUCUUAGUUGAGAGAUUUGCACCUGAGCUGAAGACAAAAGGUGGUAUUAUGCUUCCAGAGAAGAGCCAGGCCAAGGUACUGGAUGCUACAGUUUGUGCUGUGGGACCUGGAGCCAGAAACCAGCAAGGAGACAUGGUGCCAGUGGCUGUAACUGUUGGUGAUAGAGUUUUGCUUCCAGAAUAUGGAGGAACUAAAGUUUCUGUUGAUGACAAAGAAUUUUAUUUAUUCAGGGAAGGAGAUAUAUUGGCCAAGUGGGAGGAGUCAGCUUGAUUCAGUGACUUUUGACCUCAACAUUAGAUUUGUACACCUGUGUACGGUGAUCUAGCAUGGUUAAAGCAAUGAGCUCUGAUCACUAUGCGACCACAUAUCUUGAGAUAUUAAUGGACUGUUGCAUAAGAAUAAAGAGGCACAUUGGUAGUAAGAUUUGAUAGGUAUGAGUUUAUCAACCAUGUGCACUGACAUCACAUGUGGCUACAGUCUCCUGAUGGUCUGCCAUUUUGGGAGUCAAAUUACUUGUAAAGAAAUGAUGCUCAUCUCACUAUGUGCACAUUGUCUUUGCACAUUGCAUAGGAACUGAAUUGCACUGGGAAUCUGACUUUCAAAAUGGCGCACCAAAGAUUUAUUCUGGCUGAUAAAAGGAGUCAAUAGCCAACUUACACAACUAUUCCAAUGUGUAAGUCAACUAUUUGUCUCAUGUUCAAUCAGCUUUCUUAACAAUUUGCUGUUCCUUAAACAUCAUGUAGAGUUUGUACACAUGGUUGAUUAACUAGACCACCAACUCAUCAUUCUGUACACCUGGAUGUUUUCAAACUUCAUGGACACUAGAUUUUUGUGAGACUGAUGUAAUGAUUUUGAGUAUUCUGCAAACCUUUUAUUUGCUAUUAAAACAUUUAGGCAAACACAAGUUACAUGUUUUGUAAAUUCUGUGUUUAAUUGGUCCUGUAUGUUUAUUUUAUACCAAAAGAAUGAGGGCACUAGUAUGCAUAAGGCUGUACAAAAAUUAAUAUUUUAAGGUUUGUAGACAAUAAGCAAGGCACAUGUCCGUCAACAAAUUGCUGGAUGCUUAACUACAAAACCCAAGUUAGGCAUUUCUCAUUCUUAAAUUUCACAUUUCAUUUGUGAUUGUACUUGUAUUGUGUUGAUUUUGUUAUUAUUGAUCAGCUUAUUGAAAAUAACUGCAGAUAUAUAAUCUUUCCAACUGAACAAUUUACCCACACUUAUCGGUUUGUCAUUCCACAUUUGCGUUUGUCCGGCCAGUUCAUCUGUAUUUUUGCAUCAUCAUUGUGAUCCAUUACGUUUCUUAUACUGCCCAAAAGGUAUUCUCAAAAUAACUGACUGUUGCGUAUAAUACUGUCCACUAUUGAACAAUAAUAGUAAUUUGAAUAGUUAAGUCUUUAAGCCACUAUUCUCCAGUAUUAAGGGCAGAAGCUCAAAUCAAUGAUAUAGACACUGUUAUGUUCAACAUAGACAAAAGGGUUUGUUCGUAUGGGUUUUAAUUGAUUUCUCUAUUAGAGUUCGACAAGUAAUAAAAAAUAGAGACUGUAGUGGAAAGGAUUGUAUAGAGCGAUAAGUUCAGGGCCAAAUUUCAUGGCUAGGCUUACCGAUGAAUUCUGCGCUUACGAUCACCAUUCGCCGCUUUAAUACCUGCAAGUGCCGAAUUUCUGCGCUAGCUGUUUAAGCGUAUAAUGCCUAGUAACGUGAAGUACGCAAAGCAGAAGUCGAAAUUCCCGGCUAAUGCGUGAAAUACGCUUACAUAAGCCAAAAUUUACCCUGCUUCCAAAAGCGCAGAUUGUUUGCUUAGUGCAAGAGCCAUGAAAUUGGGCCCAGGUCUUUGCAUUGUAAAACUUGGUAAUAAAUGUAUGCCAGAUUGUAAUUCAAUAAACGUUUUCAUGGACUAUUAGAAAAA